UUCUACUUCUACUUCUACUUCUUCUACUUCUCAAUUUCUUCUCCUCUCCUUCAACGUUGACUAAGUCCCUAAUUUAUUCUAUCCUCACAUCCCCUAAUAUGACCUCCUGAACAAUGGCCUCCCUCUUCGCCUCCGGGCGCUCAGCUCGUCCUCUGCUGCGUCAUCGACUCCACCAUGCCUCACGGUCAGUGCAUGGCCAAUUUCAGCCUCUCGUGCCUCCCUCGCCCAGUUCGCUAGGCAAACCCGUCCCUGCGAAGACGUACACACGCACUCGCAAAUGGCUGCGUCGCCUGGCAUACCUCUCGCUGGCCACCGGCACCGUUUACACCGUCGACUCGCUCUUCUACGAACAGUGCGUGACCCGCACGGCGCGCACCUUCGCUCUCGGCCUCUUCGUCGCCGUCGACUACAAGAUCAAUUUCCGCCCCGACCCGCCCUUCGCCGAGUCCAUUAAUGCCCUGCACACGCGGAACGCCGAGCGACUGUCCGAUCUCCUGCGGCUGAAUGGCGGCCUGUAUCUGAAGAUGGGCCAGGCGCUGGCCAUGCAGUCGGCCAUCCUGCCGCCCGAGUUCCAGCGCAUGUUCUCGCGCAUGUUCGACGAUGCGCCGCAGAAUGACUGGAAGGACGUCGAGCGCGUCAUUCGCGAGGACUUCGGUCGCUCCGCCGAGGAGGUCUUCGGCGUGUCGUUCGCCGGCGAGCCGGGAAAGGGCGUCAUGGAGAAGCAGGCGCGUGCCAGCGCCAGCGUAGCUCAGGUGCAUUGGGCCCGGCUGGCGGAUGGUCGCGAGGUGGCAAUCAAGAUCCAGAAGCGGGAGAUCGCGAAGCAGAUCCAGUGGGAUCUGUGGGCUUUCAAGGUCGUCACCUGGAUCUAUAGCCGCAUGUUCCAGAUCCCCUUCUACUCCCUGGUCCCGUAUGUCAGCGACCGUCUGUUCCUCGAAACCGACUUCGAGAACGAGGCCGACAACUCCGAGAACAUGGCGCGGCUCGUCGCCGGCGAGUCCCGUCUGCGCGGCCGCGUCUACAUCCCCAAGGUCUACCGCGAGCUGAGCUCCAAGCGCGUCAUGACCGCCGAGUGGAUCGAGGGCGUGCGCCUCUGGGACAAAGACGCCAUCACCAGCUCCUGGCGCGGUGGAUGGCGCGAAGGCAGCCCAGGUUGCCACGGCACUCCCCUAGACCCGCCCAACAACACCAAGACGAACACCUCAACCCGACAGUCUGUCUCAUCUCGCAACCCCAACGCCGCCCAACUGAAGCCGGACCGCAACCACUGGCGCGGCUGGAACAACCGCGGCGGGCUAGGCCUGUCCCUGAAAGACGUAAUGACCACCAUGGUAGACCUAUUCUCAGCACAGAUGUUCCUCUGGGGCAUCGUGCACUGCGACCCCCACCCCGGCAACAUCUUCGUCCGGCGCAAGCCCUCCGGCCAAGCCGAGCUCGUCCUCAUCGACCACGGCCUCUACAUUCACAUGAGCCCACACUUCCGGCACCAAUACGCCCGCUUCUGGAAAGCCCUGCUGGCCUUCGACAACGCCACACUCCGCUCCGUCGCCGAAGACUGGGGCGUCACCAACGCCGACAUGUUCGCGUCCGUCACCCUAAUGCGCCCCUACCAGGGCGGCGAGCGCACCACACAGAAACACCUCGCGGGCCUUUCCAAGGUCGAGCGCCGCAAACGCCACUACGAGAUGCAGCAGGCCGCGCGCAAGGGCAUGCGCGAGAUCCUCGGCGACGGCACCAAGUGGCCGCAGGAGCUGAUCUUCAUCGGGCGCAACCUGCGCAUCGUCCAGGCCAACAACCAGUUCCUGGGCUCGCCCGUCAACCGCGUCAAGAUCACGGGCACCUGGGCGUCGCGGGCCCUCGUCGAGUCGCCCGACCUGCCCGUGGGCGAGAAGGUGCGGAACCUCGGCCGCCACAUGCUCUUCCGCGUGGUGCUGUUCACGAGCGAUGUGUAUUUCUGGUUCACGAAGGUGAAGCAGUUCCUGCAUCUGGGUGGGGGCAUGGAGGAUGAGAUCGAGAAGCAGAUGCAGGGCAUGGCGCGCGAUAUGGGGGUGGAUUUGAAUCAGAACGUUUUUGACGGGUAGCAUUACUCUAGAUCUAUAGAUAUCGGACGAUACCAUUAGACGUGAAAAAAUCUCUACUUUGAU